AUGCUUCGUCGACUCCCAACAUCUUCCAGACCAUAUUUAUUCAACCAAUCUCGUCCCCUCUCUGUCCCUCGUGCUCGUAUAAUACCGUCAACCAGACAUGUACACAUUAGAGCGAUUUCAUUCUCGUCUAUCCCCAGAGCGAUGGCUCGGGCUUUUAGGAUACCAGCUUAUGGAGCAGCUAUAGGUGCUGGAGGAUUGGGUUAUGCGAAUUAUAAACUUGAAGGAGUACGAAAUGCUACAUCUGAAAUUCUCACCAACGUAUCAGACAAAUUCUCUUCAGUAUACAACACCGCCGCAGACGGUUUAUCUUCCGCAGCAGACAUAGGUUCUUCUUUGAGUGCACAACUUCAAGGCAGAUUAUCAGAUACACAGAAUGGAGUUCAAGACACCGCAGAAGCGUUCAAGAACGGUACAAAAGAAUGGUGGGAUGCAUUUACAUCUCAGUUUGCUACAUCUCAAGAUACGCAAUCUGCCUUCGAUUCAAGUUCAAGUUCUGGGAUAGGUUCAGGUUCAGGUUCAGGUUCAGGUGGAAGAGCGAAAGAGGAAUAUUCGAAUUCGAGAUCAUCCGAAAGACCUGAUGAAUCAAACAAUAAUAACAAUAAUGGAGGAGAAGAAGCGUUGUUGGGUUUAGUAGGAGCAGCCACUGCAGCCUCAAUAUCGGAAGAAAAGAGGAAUGAUCCUUUUUCUUCAGGUUCAGGCGAUGAACAUCAAUUACUUCAACUUACAAGGAAACUCAUCGAAAUUCGUUCAGUUCUUCUUAGUGUGGACCAAAGUGAGGCAUUGCAACUGCCUUCUAUAGUUGUUAUAGGAAGCCAGAGUUCAGGAAAGAGUAGUGUCCUAGAAGCGAUUGUAGGACAUGAAUUCCUGCCCAAGGGUGAUAAUAUGGUUACUAGAAGACCAAUAGAGCUUACACUCAUUAACACACCUUCCAAUGCCGCUUCAUCGUCAUCAACUCCGUCAGAGUAUGGUGUAUUUCCUAAUAUGCCAGGAAUGGGUAAAAUCACUUCUUUCGCUACUAUACAAAAAACUUUGACCGAUCUCAACCUCUCAGUACCCCCCGAAUUAGCCGUAUCCGAUGACCCUAUACACCUACAAAUCCAUUCCCCUCAUGUUCCUGACUUGACAUUGAUCGACUUACCUGGAUAUAUACAAAUCAGCUCGAUGGACCAACCCGAAGAACUGAAAGACAAGAUCAACGGAUUAUGCGACAAAUAUAUUCGAGAACCUAAUAUCAUUUUAGCGGUGUGUGCUGCAGAUGUAGAUCUUGCCAAUUCUCCAGCUUUAAGGGCAAGUAGAAGAGUAGAUCCACUAGGUACAAGAACUAUCGGUGUAGUAACGAAAAUGGAUCUGGUCAAGCCUGAACAAGGAGCAACAAUCGUAAGGGGUGAAAGGUAUCCUCUGCACCUGGGUUACGUUGGUGUCGUCUGUAAAGCACCUCCCACCAGUGGAGUUUUCAGAUCUAUCAGAGGAGACAAAGAGAAGCCAAAUGUCACUGGUGCGGUACUGAGGAGGGAAGAAGAAUUCUUCGGAGGGGAAAAUUCGAAAUACUUCGGCAGAGACAAGAAAGUCAUGGUCGGUACCGAUACACUACGGAGAAGACUCAUGGAUGUUCUUGAAACCAGUAUGGCUUCUAGUCUGAAUGGCAUCACAAAUGCUGUCCAAAUUGAACUUGAAGAAGCUAGCUAUCAAUUCAAAGUACAGUAUAACGAUCGUCGAAUCACCUCAGAAUCAUAUAUGGCUGAAACCAUCGAUGCUUUGAAAGCUAGAUUCAAAGAAUAUACAGCACAAUUCACCAAGCCUGCCGUACGAUCGAAAUUAAAGGGAAUGUUAGAUGACAAAGUCAUGGAUAUCUUGGAGAAAUUGUACUGGGAUGAUCCGAGGACAUUGGAAUUAGCAAAACUCGGCGAAGAUAGGAAACUGACACCUGAGGAAUUGGAUACGUAUUGGAAAUACAAGCUUGAAACAGCUAGUUCUUUGCUUACGAAAUCAGGCGUAGGAAGAGAUUCGACUGGAUUAGUAGCGGAGGGUUUAAGACAACUUAUAGAUUCAAUAGCCACCGGUGAACCAUUCACCUUCCAUCCUUCAGUAUCCGAACGAAUAACAGAAUUCUCUCAUGCGAUACUGAGAGAGAGGAUGGGAUUGACAGCUGAUCAAGUUGAAAAUUGUAUAAAACCGUAUAAAUACGAAGUUGAAAUGGAUGAUAGAGAAUGGGAAGUAGGAAGAGAUCGGGCCGAGGAAAAAUUCGGUGAAGAAAUCAAAAGAUGUGAUAACAAACUUAAUGAGAUACGAGGUAAACUUGGCGGAGCGAGAAAACUAAAUGGCUUGAUUAAACAUGUUGCUGAAUUAGAGAAAUGGGAAGUUGAAAGAAGGAAAAGAAGAUUAAGUGGUGGUCUAAACGCAACAUCGAAUUCAGAGGACGAAGGUCAAGUAGAGGAAGGUGCGCCGGUAUUAGACGCUUAUAAAUAUUCCCCGGCCCAGAUUAUUGAUGGUCGACAUGCACUGCUUCUGUCUAAUCGCCUUAACCUGCUCAAAGUGCGACAACAAGCACUGAAGUCUAGAAGAUGUAAAACAGGUCCAGAUCAGUCUGCGUUCUGUCCAGAAGCCUUCUUAACGGUAGUAGCGGACAAAUUAGCUUAUACGAGUACGAUGUUUAUAAAUAUCGAACUGCUAGAACAAUUCUUUUAUCAAUUCCCAAGAGAAAUUGAUUCGAGGAUUUUAUACGAUCUGAACAGAGAUGAAAUAGGGAAAUUCGCAAGGGAAAAUCCAAAGAUCAAACAACAUCUCGAUUUACAAGAAAGAAAAGAUAAAUUAGAACAGGUUAUGAGAUCGUUACAGGGUUUAGUAAAUUUACAAAAAGACUCAAAAGGUUCUUUAGCAACGGGGUCCUCGAAUAGAGGUGGUUUAUUCACGAAAUUCUUCUAG